AUGGGCUCCUCCUACUUCUACCUAGAAUUUCUCCUCUCCCUUCUCACCCUCCUCUCCUCCACCUCCACCUUCACCAACCCCGCCAUCCUAGCCCUAGAAUACACGCUCGUGCCCGAUGCCGCCUACCCAGUGCAACUCGAGCAGGCAAUGGCGGGGUACCGUUACGUGCUGGGCGUGAUGCAGGGGCGCGCGGAGCGGGUCUGUGUAGCGGGAGAUUCGGCCGGUGGGACGGUUGUGUUGAGCUUGCUGUUGCGGUUAGCAGAACUCGGUAAGAAUGGAAAUGUGAAUGGGAAUAUGAACGGGAGUGGGGACAGUGGAAGCGAGCUGGAUUUGAGACCUGGAAUGGCAGUUCUGAUCUCGCCUUGGAUAACCCUCCACUCCCCCACCCUCCACAACAUGCCCUCCGACUACCUUGAUAUCUCCCGUCUCCAUCUCUACGCCCUCCAAUACGCCGGCCCUUCCACGCCUCUCUCCUCCCCAUCCAUCUCCCCCGGAAAAUGCACCGAUAUCCGCAAGUGGCGCGCCGCGUGUCCGUGCGCGGGUUUCUUUGUAAUGUAUGGAUCGGAAGAGGUCUUCGCGCCGGAUAUUAGCAAGUGGGUGCAGUUGUUGGAGGGGGGAGGAGUGGAUGUUAGGGCUGUGGUAGAGGAAGGUGGGAUUCAUGCGUGGCCUGUUGUGGAGCUAUUUUUGGCGCGCGGGGAGGAGAUGAGGGUCAGGGGGGUGAAGGGGAUAGUUGGACAGAUAAGGGAGAGGAUGGGAAGGAAGGAGGAGUGGGUGGAGAAGUCUGUGAUUGAUUGA